AUGCAAUCCAUCAGAACUGCUCUUCGCAUGACCAGCGCGGUCCGCCCUGGCAUCGCCAGUCGCAACAUCGUCCCCCCUUCCAUGGCUAACUUCCUCAAACUGAUCGAUCACUACUCAAACCCCCGCAAUGUUGGUGCUCUGAACCGCAAGUCCGUCGAUGUAGGCACCGGUCUCGUCGGCGCCCCCGCCUGUGGCGACGUUAUCCGACUCGACAUCCAGGUGGAUGAGGCGACUGGAAAAAUCACCGAGACCCGUUUCAAGACCUUCGGCUGUGGUUCAGCCAUUGCUAGCUCAAGCUAUCUGACCACCCUGUUGAGGGGCAAGACCUUGGACGAAGCCGCCAAGAUCACCAACACAGAUAUUGCUUCUGAACUCUGCUUACCACCUGUCAAAUUGCACUGCUCUCUCCUUGCCGAAGACGCCGUCACAGCCGCCAUCAAGAACUACCGAUCGAAGAGAAUCACGCCGGCCACUGACCUUUCCGGAACGGCGAAGGAAAUCCCCACGGAGGCCGCGCAGGCAUAA